AUGCAGAUGCCAGCGCAUCUUCGAUUCCCGCGCACUGGGAUGCGCAUUGUCGUGAAGGGCACCUUCAUCGAAGUCGUCGAGGAGGACAGCAGCCAGUCCGUGGAGAAGCCCGUGAAGAGGGCGUUCUCUGCGCCAGCCGCGUCGACCCGGAGUGACGAACCUUCCUGGAGCAGGCAGGAGAGGGAGGUCGAGCGCUUAGAUGGCUCCCCUGACGUGGCCAAGCAGGCGAAAGAAGUGGAAGCCCAUGGGGGCCAUGAGCCAAAGACGACGGUGGUAAUCAGGAAUGUCCCCAUCCACGUCACGCGUGACCAGCUCCUGCAACGCCUCGACUCGUGGGGCUUUGCGGCCCAGUACGACUUUCUCUAUUUGCCGAUCAACUUCGCGAAACUGCAGAAUUUCGGAUACGCCUUCGUGAAUCGAAGACGCCUACGCAACACGCACAGCGCUUCCUGGCCGAGUCCGACGGCCUCAGCUGGGGCGAGCAUGGCGAAGGGCAGCUCGUCGUGA